UCACCUCAUCCUCCGACAUUGCUCAGUACAGAGUUACACACACAACGCUUGCAAGGAGAGGACAUUUAUUGCAUGAACAGUACAAACAGCAUUACAGUGACAUUACAACAUACUGUAUACACUAACUAUUAAACAUAUACUCCAGUCUGCUCUCCUCGUUACCUUGCCAUGAUGUACACAAUACAAUUACUCAACCUCCACUGCACCGAUAGAAUGGCUUUUGAGUCACAACUUGCAUGUAGGAUAAUUAUAGUAGUUGUUUCAGAGAGGUCUGGAAAAAAGAAAAACAAUCAUAAGAGAAAGAAACUGUGGAAGGCAAAUAAGCACUCACCAAUGCCAAAGACUUCGCCUGGAAAUGGUUUGCAUGCUCAUCAAACCAGAUUGCAGCAGACAUGGCAACGAGCGACGGAAUGGUCAAACUUAAAGAAAAAGAGUCUGGCAGGGGCCACACACAGGUGGAAAAGGAAAGAACAAAAAGAGGGGACAGAGAAGGGAAUUGAAAGAGAGGCAAUGGCGGACGACAAAUGGCGCCACGUCGCAAAAUAUUGGGGGAAGUUUGAACUCCGCUUCAAUAGUUUGUCAGCGUGCUCGGAUAGCACACUCAGUGUUCCGGCAAAAGCUCGGCUAUGGACUUGUCAAAUUUUUUCGACAAUUGAACUCCCUUGAAGUGCAUGUACAGUGCAAUGAACAUUGACUAUUGGGCCUCAUUAACUGGGUGCAGUGUAUACAUGCACUCAAACACCUCAAAUCUAACCUUAAUUAACAGAUAUUUUUGAGAUAUCAACGGG